AUGGAGAGCAGCGGCAUGAUGCUGGUGAAGAGCGAGAUCGAGAGCUGCUACCCGGAGCCGUCGUCGACGACGGCACCUGGCGUGGUCAUCGGCGGCGCGCCGGAACGCGGCGAGGGGGGGCAUCAUCAGGUGGUGGUGAGGAGGAGGAGGAGGGAGCCGCCUCUGCUCGUGCCCAUCGCCGGCGGCGGCAUUGGCAAGCCGCUGCCCAGCAUCACCGUCAAGAGGAGCUCCAGGUUCCGUGGGGUCAGCAGGCAUCGAUGGACAGGUCGUUUUGAGGCGCAUCUGUGGGACAAGAACUCGUGGAAUCCGACGCAGCGGAAGAAGGGCAAACAGGUCUAUCUGGGAGCUUACGAUGAGGAGGAGGCUGCUGCCAGAGCCUACGACCUUGCUGCUCUCAAGUACUGGGGGCCCACCACCUACACAAACUUCCCGGUCAUGGACUAUGAGAAGGAGCUGAAGAUAAUGGAGAACCUCACAAAGGAAGAGUACCUUGCAUCACUGAGGAGGAAGAGCAGUGGCUUUUCAAGAGGAGUGUCCAAGUACAGAGGGGUUGCCAGACAUCAUCAGAACGGGAGAUGGGAAGCUAGAAUCGGGCGCGUUUUCGGGAACAAGUACCUCUACCUAGGAACAUACAGCACUCAAGAAGAGGCCGCCCGCGCAUACGACAUCGCGGCGAUAGAGUACAAAGGCGUGAACGCGGUCACCAACUUCGACCUGAGGUCCUACAUCACAUGGCUGAAACCCAGCGGUGCUCCGGCCGCCUUCAACCCGGAGGCUCGCGUGAUGCAGGCGGCUCCGGCCGACCAGCUCCUCCACCCGGCAGAGACGGCCCAGAUGCUCCCACGUGGCAACCCGUUCCUGCUGGACCACGGCGCCGCGCCGCCGGGCGGCGGCGGCGGCCAGGACGCCUCCAUGUCCAUGGUGUCUCCCGGUGCCGGCAGCGGCAUGAGGAGGAGAGGCUCCUCCACCGCGCUCAGCCUCCUGCUCAAGUCGUCCAUGUUCAGGCAGCUGGUCGAGAAGAACUCCGACGCCGAGGAGGGCGUCAGGGACAUGGAGGCUGCUGCGCCUGCUCAUCUUGCUGGACCAGGAGACGCCUAUGAGUACCACAACUUCCAGGGAGAGGCGCCUCCGGACAUGUGCGAUCUCUUCUCGUCAGGCGGCGGUGGCGGCCACGCACGGAAUGCUGGGUUCCAUGGAGAGAUCGCCGCGUGCUACGAUGAUUGCGAGGGGUUGGAUGGCUGGAAUGGGUUUGGCAACAUGUCUUCUCUGCAAUAG